GGAAGCGGUCAGGACUGGAAGUGAAACCCCGACCUCCGUAAGAUCGACUAGCCGGGAAUACUGGAAAAAACGACGAAAUGACACAAUAACCAUGUUGCGUGGAGUCGCUGAAGGACUGUCAGCCCUGGCAAGCUCUUAGUAACACCCGAAGCCAUUAAUACACCAGCAGAGAGUUUCACAGCAGCCGGACCACUUUAGAUUCACUGCCACGUCCUGAUAUCUUUGAGGGGGAAAAACAGUUCUACAGCACUAUGACGUGCCGGGACCGCACACUUGAGUUCCAGUCGGCUUGUAAGUCCCUGCAGGGGAGACAGUUACAGAAUGGAACUCACUCUAAACCUGCCAAUAAUGCCCUUAAACAGCGCAGUGACUUCACUCUCAUGGCCAAGAGAAUUGGGAAAGACUUGAGCAACACAUUUGCUAAGCUUGAAAAGCUUACAAUCUUGGCCAAAAGGAAGUCUUUGUUUGAUGAUAAAGCAGUGGAGAUUGAGGAGCUAACAUACAUCAUUAAACAGGAUAUCAACAGUCUGAAUAAGCAGAUAGCACAGCUGCAAGACCUUGUGCGAUCCCGCAGUGGGCAAAAUGGCCGCCACAUACAGACACAUUCCAACACAAUUGUCGUCUCAUUGCAGUCUAAGCUGGCAUCAAUGUCCAAUGAUUUCAAGUCAGUUCUGGAAGUGAGAACAGAGAAUCUGAAGCAGCAGCGCAGCAGAAGAGAGCAUUUCUCUCAGGCUCCUGUCUCUGCCUCUCCUUUACUCGCCAAUAACUUCAACAGCUCAGUUCUGAUGCAGGAUGAGUCCAGGAGUCUGGGAGCAGAAGUGGCCAUCGACAUGGACUCGAGGGCAAACCCUCUGCAGCUGCAGCUCAUCGAUGAACAGGACUCGUAUAUCCAGAGCCGAGCGGACACCAUGCAGAACAUCGAGAGCACAAUCGUGGAGUUGGGCUCCAUCUUUCAGCAGCUGGCACACAUGGUCAAAGAGCAGGAGGAGACGAUUCAAAGGAUCGACGCUAACGUGGACGACACAGAGCUGAACGUGGAAAUGGCCCACGGCGAGAUCCUCAAGUACUUCCAGUCCGUCUCCUCCAACCGCUGGCUCAUGAUCAAGAUAUUCCUGGUACUCAUCGUCUUCUUCGUCAUCUUCGUGGUCUUCCUCGCUUGAGGUGGAACGACCUCAACUGUAAGAAGGGCUGCAAACAGAGCCAAAGGGUUUGAAGGAGGGAAGGAGCAGGCGAUGGACUUAUGGGCGAACGUGCAAAAAAACACAAACUCAAAUGGACCGGGCCACAGAGACUCUGGCUCUCGGGAUAGGGGGGAUGGGUUGGGAUGGGGUAACGAUGCUCAUUAAUAGAAAUGCUUUUAGUCCGAGGGACUGGACUCAGUUGUAGAUUUCUGUCCCAUUCUGGAUGAUGAUGAAGGUGGAACUGAGAUUUACUGUGUGUUUAGAUGGAGAGGAGAGUGUUUGAUUUCACUCUGUUCUCUUUAAGCUUCAUCUGCAUUAAUACUUGAGCCUUCGUUUCUUAUUAAUCAUCACAUAUUAAACGAGAAGGCUUUUUUUUC